AUGGGCGCGCGGGCAGUUGGGUCGCUUUAAAUGGCCGGGAAGGUGACGCCCCUCUGCCCACUCAGACGCACGCCCUGCACCCACCCCGCCGCACAAGAGGUUCGUCUCUGUUCUUCUCCCUUCUCUUGCUACUUAUUCUAGAGUUAGUAUCAUUGGUUGAAGAGAACGAAGAACUGAAGGGCGGAGAUGGGGCGGGAAGCAGCGCUGCGGACGAGCCUAGUGGCGCUGGCCGCGGUCAUGGCCGUCGUCGGGAUCUGGACUUUCUCCCCCAAGAAGGCGCUGGUCACCUACGCCUUCGGGAUCGUCGGCAUCGCCGGGUUCCUCUUGCCCGACUGGGAGUACUUCGACCGGGACCUCUCGCAGUGGUUCAUGCCCAUGCCCGCUCGGAGAACCGCCGCCGCAGCCGACCGGGCCCCCGGCAGCUCGAGAUUUCACUUAUGUUCCCUGAGAGUGUUAGUAAUGAGCCUGACCUAUGGCUUUGGUUUAUACAAGUGGUGGAUGUUCAUAUCAAGCUAGUCUCUUUGGCCUCAUGAGGCUGUCUACAAUGACAACUAUUGUCUUUUGCCAGACAAUGCGAAAGUCCCUCUAUGACAUGGUUUCUUAUUCUUUGGUUAAACAGGAGUAUCUUUGAAUCAGGCUAUGUUGCUCUUAUCAUAUUCAACAAUGUUAUUUGCAAGAGUAGCUUCACAUCAUGGCAGAAGCAUCCUUGUUCUUGAGCCAAUGAAGGACUUGUGUCACUCCAGCCAACAAAUCAGCAGCAUCCCUCCUCUGUAUAUGCCAAUUUGUAAAGAACUUGUGGAAGGCAUUAUCUGGAUUUAGUAUUUCUUAUUGUCUAAUGAUGAUUUAGAUAAUAAUGAUGGUAAAUUUUAUAA